AAGUCAAUACCAUUGAAGUCUUUUUGCUGGGGGGGGGGUAACGCUCCCCUUUACUUUCGUGGAAAUCAAAGUCAUGGCAACUUCUUGCUUACCAAUAAGUAUUUCUAUAUUAGUAUUAUCGAAGAGGUAAAACAGGAACUUGGGUGGAUAUUCUUCCUCCUCCAGAGCAGUCUAACAUUCAUUGGUUUAUUCUACAAUGACGGCCGAGCGGCACCAAAGAGACAGGGAAACAAGAGCGACGCUUUGGAAAGGCAAGUCCCCUUUCGGAGCCGGAAGCACGUGAAGCCGUCGCGUUUGUGUGGAAUCUUGCGCAGGGGGUUCUUAGAACUUUCGGUGGGUGACGCGCGCGCCGUUCGUGCCCUCGCGCCAUGCCUCACAGGCGGAAGAAACCCUUCAUAGAGAAAAGAAAAGCCGUAACAUUUCAUUUAGUACACAGAAGUCAGAGGGAUCCUUUGACAGCAGAUGACACAGCACCCCAGAGAGUUCUGCUACCUGCACAGAAGGGGGAUGAUGAAAAAAGAAGAGAGGAACAGAGGAAAUACGGAGUAUUCUUUGAUGAUGACUAUGAUUACCUGCAACAUCUCAAAGAAGGUUCUGGACCUUCUGAGCUCGUUCCAUCAAGCUUACCCAAUCAACAAGGCAGGAUUGUAGUGACCACAGAUGGGGAGGUACAACAGGAAAUUCAACAAAUUCCAGCUCCCGCCAUAAACUUGCCCUCAUCAGUGUUUGCAUCAGAAUUUGAAGAGGAUGUGGGACUCUUAAACAAAGCUGCUCCUGUUUCAGGACCUAGGCUGGAUUUUGAUCCUGACGUUGUUGCGGCACUUGAUGACGACUUUGAUUUUGACAAUCCAGAUAAUCUUCUUGAAGAUGACUUUAUUUUAAGGGCUAAUACACCAGGGAGCAUAGACCAGGCAAAGGAAGACUGUUGGGAGUCAAAAUCUGGAGAUGAAGAAGAAUGGGAGGACAUGGAGGAGGAAGAGGAUGGAGAAGACAUCCAGAGUGAUGAGGAGUAUGAUUCUGAGGGUCUUUUGUCAGAUGACAGUGAAAUUAAAGGAGAAAUGAAAGAAUUUCUUUUCAUGCAAGAAGAGACCAAGAGCCGUUUCACAGAAUACUCCAUGACUUCUUCAGUAAUGAGAAGGAAUGAACAGUUGAGCCUUUUGGAUGAGAGAUUUGAGAAGUUCUUUGAGCAGUUUGAUGAUGAUGAAAUUGGAGCACUGGAUAAUGCCGAUCUGGAAGGUUUCAUUCAAAGUGACAGUACUCGGUUACAGGAAGUUUUGAAUGACUAUUACAGAGAGAAAGCAAAGGACUGUGUGAAACUUGAUGAUCUAGAAAUCAAAGAAGAUUCAGAGCUGCACCUCAAAGAGGAAGAAGAUGAGAGAGACGAAAUUGUAACUUUGGUUAUAGAAGAACCCAAAGAAAAGUGGGAUUGUGAAUCCGUUCUGAGUACCUAUUCAAACUUAUACAAUCAUCCAAAACUUAUUGAGGUUCCACGAAAGCCUAAACCAAUUGAAGUGUCCAGUAAGACAGGAAUCCCUCUGGAUGUUUUGCCUCAGAGAGGUCUUACGUAUAAGCAGGCUGAGCGCUUGCAAAUGAUUAAUGACAGUGACCUGCCGAGAAUAUCCACACAACCACGUUCCAAAAAUGAGAGUAAAGAAGAUCGGAAAGCUAGAAAACAAGCUAUCAAAGAAGAACGAAAAGAACGCAGGAUGGAGAAGAAAGCAAACAAAUUGGCCUUCAAGCAAGAGAAAACAAGGCAAGAGAAAGAGCUGCUCAACCUGAAACAGAAUAUUCAAGGGCUCAAGUUGUCAUAAUGAAAAAGAAUUGCUUCAUGUUAAGGACACUCAGCUGUCUUCUUCCUUGCUGAUGCCCUUUGGAAAAGGAUACUUCUGUCUUCAGUCUGACAACUCAUGAGUUUAAAAAUGAUGGCAAUGAUUUUUUGAACUCAGAUAUAGCCAUUUAUCAGCAGCUGCUUAAAUGUAACAUUUUUGUUAUCACUCAAAUAAAAUUGCUGUAAUAUUUUCUCCUA